UUGGGCGGGUCGGUAUUGCCGCUCGUCUUCUCGCGUGUGUUGUGGUGAAUUGUGUUGUGGGAGCUACGCUGAGCCACCGCUCGCCUUCCCCAGUAUCGGGCAAAGCCCGGCCGCAGCGCGGCUAGUGCAUUUAACAUUUGUUUUGUUCUGAGUGAGAAGUGAUCUCUAACCAGUGAAGUGUUAAGUGACUGUUUGCAAUGGCGAUAUUCACCGGAUUCACGGUCCUCGUCGCGCUGCUCGCUAUAGGAGCGGUGCGAUGCGAGGACGAGACUAUCGGCCCUAUAUUUAUGAAAGAACCCCCGAACCGAGUAGACUUUAGCAACACGACUGGAGCCGUUGUAGAAUGCGCCGCCCGUGGAUCCCCUACACCUGAUGUUAUUUGGGUACGAGCUGAUGGAACCGCUGUUGGUGACGUUCCUGGAUUGCGACAGGUUCUCCCGAAUGGAAAUUUGGUAUUCCCCCCCUUCCGAGCGGAAGAUUACCGACAGGAAGUACACGCUCAGGUUUAUGCUUGUCUUGCAACGAAUCCCGUUGGAAGUAUCCACUCAAGGGACGUCAACGUACGAGCUGUUGUCAAUCAGUUUUAUGAAGCAGAGAUUCUAACAGAAUAUGUUAUACGCGGAAACGCUGCUGUUUUGAAAUGUUCCAUUCCUUCCUUUGUCGCGGAUUUUGUAAAAGUAGAAGCUUGGAUUGACGAAGAAGGAACCGUGAUUACCGAUUCUGAAGACUUCGUUGUGUCUCAGUAUUACGUGACUGAAGCCGAAAAUGAGUACGUGAUUAGAGGAAACGCUGCUAUUGUUCGCUGCAAGAUCCCUUCCUUCGUUAGCGAUUUCGUUCACGUGGAUUCGUGGCUUAUGGACGAUGGCGAAAUACUUACAAUAAAUAAUACUAAUACAUCUGAGGAGGGAAAAUAUUUAGUACUACCAUCUGGUGAAUUGCAUAUUCGUGAUGUUGGACCUGAAGACGGAUACAAAUCAUACCAAUGUAGGACUAAACAUAGACUGACUGGAGAAACUAGAUUAUCUGCAACUAAAGGACGCCUCGUUAUCACUGAACCUAUGGGAAAAGUCUCUCCAAAAUUUCCGACUUUAGAAAAAAGUAGACUUUUUAACUAUGACACUGCUCAAAGCAUGUCGCUUCUUUGUCCCGCUCAAGCAUUUCCUGCCCCAAUGUUUAGAGCCUAUGGGCAAAGUGUCACCGAAGUUUCCAACUAUGGAAACAGGACGCAGUUUUACUUUUUCUUCAAAUACCUGUGUGACUCUACUUUGCCCGGCCCAAGCCUUUCCAACUCCACUAUUCAGAACCUGUGGGUCGCGUUUCGCCUAAAUUUACAACUACUGAUAAAAGUCGAGCAUUUGAUGCAAACGAACGAGAAAAUAUCACAAUUUUGUGCCCCGCCCAAGCUUUUCCUGCCCCGGCUUUCAGAACCUGUAGGCAGAGUUCCACCGAAGUUCCCAACAAUGGACAAUGUUAGAGGCUUUGGUACCCUUAUUAAUUCAAGCGUGACAUUGUUGUGUCCCGCUCAAGCAUUCCCAGUUCCUUUGUCAAGAUGGUAUAAAUUUAUCGAUGGCUCUGCGAGAAAACAGCCCGUAGUCCUUAACGAUAGAGUGAAGCAAGUAUCAGGCACCCUUAUCAUCAAAGAGGCUAAAGUUGAGGACUCUGGAAAGUAUCUGUGCGUUGUCAAUAAUUCUGUUGGAGGUGAAUCGGUUGAAACUGUCCUGACUGUGACUGCUCCUUUAAAAUCCACCGUUGAACCAGCUACCCAAACCGUUGACUUUGGUCGCCCAGCCGUCUUCACUUGCAGAUAUGAAGGGAACCCCGUCAAAACCAUUACUUGGCUUAAAGAUGGCAAGGACAUGAAUCAUCACGACUCCAUCCUCAGAAUUGAAUCGGUUAAGAAGGAAGACAAGGGAAUGUACCAAUGCUUUAUCAGAAACGAUCAAGAAAGUGCGGGUGCUAGCGCUGAAUUGAAACUCGGCGGACGAUUCGAACCACCUCAGAUCCGUCACAGCUUCGGCGAACAGACCCUCCGCUCCGGCCCCUCUCUGCGACUCAAGUGCGUGGCUUCCGGAAACCCCACCCCCGACAUCGCGUGGCACCUCGACGGAGACAAGCUCAACAGCGGCGAGAGACUGCAGAUCGGACAGUUCGUCACCGCAGACGGAAACGUAGAGUCGCACCUGAACAUCUCGUCCGUGCACACCAACGACGGAGGACUGUACUCCUGCAUCGCAUCCAGCAAGGUGGGCAGCGCGUCGCACGCGGCGCGGGUGAACGUGUACGGGCUGCCGUACGUGCGCGUCAUGAAGAAGCGUCCCGUGGUGGCCGGCGACACGCUGGUGGCGCACUGCCCCGUGGCCGGCUACCCCAUCGACUCCAUCGUCUGGGAGCGCGACGGACGUGUGCUACCCAUCAACCGCAAGCAGAAAGUGUUCCCCAACGGCACCCUCGUCAUUGAGAACGUCGAACGUACCAGCGACCAAGCGACCUACUCGUGCGUGGCCAAAAACUCUCAAGGAUACAACGCUAGAGGAACCCUCGAACUGCAAGUCAUGGUACCGCCACAAAUAUUGCCAUUUGAGUUCGGUGAUGAACCUGCGAAUGCCGGAGAUAUGGCUUCGAUAUCCUGUGCCGUGAGCAAGGGCGACCAACCUCUAAAUAUCACUUGGGUUUUUAAUGGAGAAGUUGUAUCUAAAAGAAAUGACCUGGGAAUCGUUCUUACGAACGUCAAUAGAAAGACUUCUAUUUUAAACAUUGAUUCUGUGAAUGGAAUACACAGGGGCACAUAUUAUUGUGUGGCGACAAACCAAGCUGGUUCCGUCAAUCACAGCGCUUUACUUGAAGUGAAUGUUCCCCCACGUUGGAUUUUGGAACCAACUGAUAAGGCAUUUGCGCAAGGCUCUGACGCUAAAGUUGAAUGUAAAGCCGACGGCUUCCCCAAGCCCCAAGUUACUUGGAAGAGGGCUGAAGGAGAUACGCCUGGCGAUUACAAAGACCUUAAGCCAAAUAACCCUAAUGUAAAGGUUGAGGAUGGAACAUUGACUAUUGCGAAUAUUCAGAAGACGAAUGAAGGAUAUUAUCUUUGCGAAGCCGUUAAUGGAAUUGGAUCUGGAUUAUCUGCUGUUAUUUUGAUUAGCGUUCAGGCUCCACCCCAAUUCGAAAUCAAGAUGAGAAACCAAACAGCCCGCCGAACAGAACCUGCUGUCUUGCAGUGCCAAGCUAAAGGUGAAAAGCCAAUUGGAAUUAUCUGGAACAUGAACAACAAACGUCUCGAACCCAAAUCCGAUCCCCGCUACACGAUCCGCGAAGAGAUUCUGCCUGGCGGUGUUGUCUCAGACCUGAGCAUCAGAAGAACUGAACGAUCCGACAGCGCCCUGUUCACCUGUGUUGCUACCAACGCCUUUGGCUCUGAUGAUACCAGCAUUAACAUGAUUAUUCAAGAGGUACCCGAAGCUCCCUAUGGCUUAAAAGUCUUGGAUAAAUCUGGAAGAACCGUUCAACUUUCUUGGGCUGCACCUUACGACGGAAACUCGCCAAUCAAGAAGUUCCUUAUUGAGUACAAACGGGCUAAGGGUAAUUGGGAAAAAGAUAUCGAUAGAGUUCUCGUACCUGGAGAUGCGACUGAAGCCGGAGUAUUCAGCUUACGACCAGCUACUGCUUAUCACAUCAGAAUUGUAGCUGAAAACGAACUCGGAACCUCAGAACCAUCGGAGACUGUCACUAUUAUCACCGCAGAAGAAGCACCCACUGGUAUGCCACAGGACGUUAAAGUUGACGCCGUUGACAAACACACACUUCGAGUUACCUGGAAACCACCCCAACCUCAAGAUUGGAAUGGUGAACUUCAAGGAUACUAUGUUGGUUACAAGCUCGCCUCAAGCAAUAAAUCUUUCGUCUUCGAAACUGUUGACAUCUCUAAGGAAUCUGGCAAAGAACAUCAUCUUGAUAUCUUCAAUCUCAAAACUUACACCCAAUACGCCAUCGUUGUUCAAACCUUCAACAAAAUGGGAUCUGGUCCAGUAUCGAACGAAGUACGCGCUUACACUGCCGAAGGCGCCCCCUCCGCCCCGCCUCAGGACGUUCUCUGCACCACCCUCACCGCGCAAACCAUCAGAGUGUCUUGGGUGUCUCCCCCUCUUGCCGCCGCUAAUGGACUCAUUAAGGCUUACAAAGUUAUCUAUGGCCCCAGCGAGACCUGGUAUGACGAGAAAACAAAGGACACCAAGAUCACCGCUAGCAGCGAGACCAUUCUUCAUGGACUUAAAAAAUUCACGAACUACUCUAUGGAAGUGCUGGCUACCACCAACGGCGGCGACGGAGUCCGCUCCGUGCCUAUCCACUGUCAGACUGAACAAGAUGUGCCCGAGGCGCCGCGCGCGGUGAAGGCGCUGGUGAUGGGCGCGGACUCCAUCCUCGUGUCGUGGCGCCCGCCCGCCAUGCCCAACGGCGUCGUCACCCACUACAACGUGUACACGCAGGCGCAGAACGCCGAGCCGCAUCCCAGCAAGGUACCCGCAUCCCAAACCAGCUACUCGGCAACGGAUCUUAAAGCUGGCCGCUACGACUUUUGGGUGACCGCUUCCACCAUCAUCGGCGAAGGACAACCCUCGGCCACUGCCUCCUGCAGUCCCAGCGACAAGGUACCUGCAAAGAUCGCAUCAUUCGACGAAUCGUUCACGGCCACUUACAAGGAAGACGUUAAACUGCCCUGCCUCGCUGUCGGUGUUCCUCCCCCCAAUAUUAUCUGGAAGGUAAAAGGACACCCCCUGGAAGCAUCGGAACGUGUACGCCAACUGCCCGAGGGCUCGCUCCAAAUCGCUGGUGUGGCUCGCGAAGACGCUGGAGAGUAUUCCUGCCACGUGGACAACCAAUUUGGAACCGAUACCGUCACUCACACACUUUCUGUGCUCGCGCCGCCCUUCCCGCCACAACUGAGCAUCGCGUCGUCCUCCGUGUCGUCGCUGACGCUCCGCCUGAAGCCGUCGCAGGACGCCGCUCAGUCCCCCGCCGCCGGGUACACCAUCCACUACAAACAGGAAUUCGGCGACUGGGAAACCGUUCAGAUUCCGAGCAACACCGACACGUACACAUUAGAGAACUUGUUCUGCGGAUCGAGAUAUCAACUUUACGUCACUGCUUACAACGGUAUCGGCACGGGCGAGGCGUCGGACGUGGUGAUCGCGCGCACGCGGGGCUCCAAGCCGCCCGUGCCGCGCGCCGCUGACUUCAUCGAGGUGGGCUCCUCCUCCGUCACGCUGCACCUCAAACAGUGGCUCGACGGCGGCUGCCCCAUGAGCCACUUCGUCGUCGAAAACAAGAAGAAGGGAGCUGCCGAAUGGAAUCAGAUCUCGAAUGCCGUUAAGCCCGGAGGAAACUUCGUUGUGCUUGACCUCGAACCGGCCACUUGGUACGUCCUGAGGAUUACCGCUCACAACAACGCCGGAUUUAACGUAGCCGAGUACGAAUUCGCAACUCUGACCAUGACCGGAGGCACGGUGGCGCCGCUGCCGGGCGCCGGCGCCGACCGGGACCUGCCGCCCUGGCUGCGCGCCUGGCUCGAGCCGGAGGUGCUGGUGCCCAUCCUGGCCACCGUGGUGGUGUUCAUCGUGGGCAUGGUGGUCAUCUGCCUGACGCUGGCGCGCCGCAACACGCCGCACCGCCUGCGAGGUCAGAAGGACGCGUACUACGACGCGGUGUACAGCGCGGCGGGCGCGCUGGGCGGCGCGGGCGGCACGCUGGACAAGCGCGGCGGGCUGCGCGACGAGCUCGGCUACAUCGCGCCCCCCAACCGCAAGCUGCCGCCCGUGCCCGGCUCCAACUACAACACCUGCGACCGCGUCAAGCGCCAGGCCGUCAUCAUGGGCGCGCACUCCACGUGGGACCCGCGCCGGCACCACUACGAGCGCGUCCGCCGCCUGCGCCGCGCGGGCUCCGGCGACACGCUCUCCACAGGCAUGGAGGAUGAGAUCUGCCCCUACGCCACGUUCCACCUGCUCGGCUUCCGCGAGGAGAUGGACCCCAGCAAGGCCAUCGCGUUCCCGCACCACCACCCGUCGCACGCCGGCACGCUGGCGCACCCGCACCCCCACCCGCACCCGCACCACCCCGCGCACUCGCGCGCCGGCUCCCAGAGCAUGCCAAGAGCCAAUAGCCGCUACGCCCGCAAGAACUCCCAGGGAGGACAGAGCGCCAUCUACUCCACCGCUCCCGAGUACGACGACCCCGCCACCUGCGCCGAGGAGGACCAAUACCGCGCGCGCUACUCGCGGCCGCUGUACGCGUGCGGGCCCGAGUACGACGAGCCCGCGUGCUGCGCGCCCGAGGACGAGCAGUACACCGGCGCCUACGGCACGCCCUACUCCGACCACUACGGCUCCCGGCCCAGCAUCGGUACACGGAAGUGCGGAUCCCCCGAGCCUCCCCCGCCCCCACCCCGUAACGCCAACACCGAGAACAACUGCUCCUCCUCGUUCAACGAAAGCAAGGACUCCAACGAAAUCUCCGAAGCCGAAUGCGACCAGCCCCGCAACUACCCCGUAAGGGCCCACACUGCCAAGGACGGUUUGCACAGCGACGAAAUGAGGAAACUCAUUGACAGACCAGAAUCAAACACCCCAAUCCCCCAGCAAGCAGUCCACGGGCGGGGGGGACUCACAGCCUACGAUACUGUGGCAGUGUAACCUGUGAGCCGCUAACGUCUCCUCACUUCUGUAAGCGUCUGUAUCAAACGACCACGCUCCCGCGAGUCGAUCGCCUUUCAUUCGUGUUCCAUUUUAUCUUUAUUGCACAAUUAAAUAGAUUCGCUUCGCUUCCGCGCUCCCGCGAGACCGUGGUCGUGCAGAAUGUAUCCGUUGUCAUUUCGAAAAAAGUGUUUCGCUAUCUCAUAGCGACUUCAUUUCAAAAGUCAAAAUAUGUUGUCUAUAUUUUAUUUUUACCUUUUAAACUGUAUGUGCACACGAGUGCCAUUUAAGUAAUCGUUUGGAUACCAGUUCGACCGUAGAUCCGCAGUCUAAUUGCAAAGUCGGAUGAGUCACCUCGUGCAUCCUUCCCGUAGAACCUGUCACGUCACUUUGUAUAGUGUUACCACUUUAAAUGUGAAACAGAAAAUUAUGGUUGUGGUAGUUAAAUCAAAUGAUAUAUUUUCUUUAGAAAAGUGACGUGCUAUCACUAAAUUUAUCUAAUGCGAAACAAACGGUCACUUAUCCGACUUUGUUUAUAUUUCUACAAAUAUUAUAAUGGGGUGUUUUUAUUUUUGAUCUUAUUUGUUUAGCUUAAUUUAAACGUUGGCGCGUAUGGGUAUUGCGUUGGCUCUGGGGGUGAAUCACUAAUGUUUAAAUUUAAAUUAAGCUCAACAUGUAAUCUUGUGAUAUUUUGAAUUUUUUACCCAUUUUAUUUUACGUUAGAUGUACUAACAGUAACGUUAUUUAUAUUUGUGUAUUUUUAAGACGAUCAGUUUGUAAGUGAACUGCCAACCACGAGGUUGGUCCAAUAUGCUUCCUUUUUAAUGUUACAGUUUUGUGAUGCUUUACCAUUUAUGUUAUUGCCAUGUCAUUUUAUUAUUAUUAUUAUAUAAUGUUUUUAACGUUUUCAUUGCGAUUUAAAUAACUUUUAGAUAAGGCUAGAAAUAAGGCAUCUUAUUAGUAAAUAAUCAACUCUUUAAAUAAAAAACUAUGUAAUCUGUAGCUAGUUAUGUAAGGACGUGCAUUAUUGAAAUUUCAGUAUAUACAACACUAAAUACCCAAACGAUAAUAUUUCGACUAGUAACACUCGCCCCGACCCUAUCAAGGUCAUAUAAUACUAUGUUAUUGAUACGGAAUUUCGAUCGCAUUUUAUAUAACCCAAUAUAACCCUAAUAUAAUAAGGUGCAUUUUUAUCAUUCAAUAAUAGUUAUCUUAUCUCUAUAUAUGCAAAUGAUUAGAUUUAAGACACGCGCGUGUCAUUUUCUAGAUGUCUUCUUAUAUGUUGUGGCAUCGUCGUGUAAGCUUUGCAACGUAGGCUUGUAGAUAGGUUCUCGAGACUUCCUAGCAACCGAUCUCUUCUUUAAACCUUCCAAUUAGAUUUUUUCGAUUUAUAAUAAAUUAUAAUUAAAAAAUUAAAUAAGGAUUUUCAAAAUUAUAAUAUAGAUAUUCGACGGAGAUUAAAUUAUCAACUCAUUUAAGCGUUUGCUGAAAUAAUAUCGCCGAAUUGACGGGAUUGAUUUUAAUUAAUAAUUUUUUGAUGUUUUCGCUUCUGAGUGUUGUGUAUGCGGCUUGGAUUCAUUGAUUUAUUUUCAUGAACGCAAAACGACAUUGCUAAUUGCAAUUAACUGUUUGUACCAAAGUGUUUGAAUUGUGUUGAAUAAAGUACUCAUAUUUCAACUACGAA